UUUUGGUUCCGAUUAGUCGACAGCAAAGGCAAACACAAAUUGAGCAAAGUGCGACUCUUUCUCUCUCUCUCGCAACAGCGAUAACUGCGACUGAGUGACCGAAGCGAGAGAAAGAGAAAAAUGGGGUUCUUCUCCUUUCUGGGCCGUGUCCUCUUUGCUUCCCUCUUCAUCCUCUCCGCAUGGCAGAUGUUUAAUGAAUUUGAUGCCACUGGUGGACCCUUUUCAAAGGAGUUGAUUCCCAAGCUCACGGUUGUGAGGAGAAAUUUAUCCUCCAAAUUGGGGGUAGCUAUACCAGAUAUUGAUGUAGCUUACGUUCGGCAAGUUGUUGCCACUAUCAUAUUUCUAAAGGGAGUUGGAGGAAUUCUAUUUGUGUUUGGCAGCACAUUUGGAUCAUUUCUUUUGCUUUCGCAUCUGGCGCUUACUACUCCCAUUCUGUAUGAUUUCUACAACUAUAGACCUACGAAGCCUGAAUACGGUUUACUGCUAAAUGAGUUCAUUCAGAACACAGCACUUUUUGGUGCAUUGCUAUUUUUUGUAGGAAUGAAGAACUCAAUUCCCAGAAAACAGUUCAGGAAGAAGACCCCAAAAACAAAAACAGGAUAGAAAUUAGAAAGAUAUGUAUCUGUUUCCUUAAAAUAGGUUGUCAAAUUGAUGGGUUGCUAUGUUUUGGAAUAGUUAGUUAAAACUUUUUAAUAUUAUUGUUUAUGUUCAUUGGAACAUAAUUUGAUUAUGGAUGUGGUUGAGAUUUCUGUUACAUUUGUGUUGUACUUCCGGCUAAGAAUAGCUAUCAAGAAAGCUUUGUUAGAUUUGCUUGCUAA